AUGGAGUCUUAUGAUCCUCUUCUAGAGAAGACCCGAGUUCCCCAACCGGGGCUCCAAAAACUCGCAGUUGAAUCCAUUUUUUCAAAGCUUCGAUCCGCGCCCAAGCACUUCGACCCGGAAUCCGAGGCCGGAAGACGCGCCAUUUCGCUCUGCCUCACAUCGCCGUCUCCUCACGUCGUCGACUACUCCAUCCGCCACCUCUGCCGCCUGGCCGCCGACUCAGUCGUCGCCGUCGCGCGUGCCUCGUUCGAGCUCCUGGCCGCGCUCGAAGGCUCCGACCCGAAGCUCGUGCCCGUGUUCGUCAAGGGAUUGGGCUUCCUCGCUCGUCAUGAUUUCCGCAACAAUGCCUCUUCAAACUUUGCUUCUUCCUCUCACAAUCACCCGUUCAUUAGGGUGUUGUUGUGUCGGCCAGAGGUUCAGUCUGAACUCCGGCAGCAGGUGUUGCUGUUUAUGUUACAGAAUAAGCAGGUGGGAAUGGUGCCUGUUUGUGAGUUUUUAAGGCCGUUGUUGGAUGUCUCAAUCAUAAAAUUGUUAGUUUCCGAGUCAUCCUCCUCCUUGUUUGCCACACAACUGGUAUCGUCCAUGGUGUCUUUCUGUUGCUCGUUUCCGCAUGAGUCCUUGCCUGUUUUUAAGCUGCUAAUUGAGUGCCUUAAGUAUCUUCCGCAUGAGGGCUCUGAAGACUACAGGAAAUUAAUAUUUGUUGUAGAACAUAUGGUGGAGGCAUAUAUAAUUGUACUGAAAUCUUUGGCUGGAAAGAAAUUACAGCUGAUAACUGAAGCUCAACUGUGUGCUGUUGAAUUUCUGGAAACAAUUCUUUCUUUAUCUACAUGUCUUCAAUGGCACCCUGGUGGUCUUGAACCUGUAUGUGAACUCUUUAUGCGCUUGUUAACUGUACAGAAAGAUCUUGGAUUACCAUGGUUGCGGGGUUUGUCAUCAACUAUUGUAUCAUUAUUCAUAAUCAUUGUUCAAUCAGACCUUGAACACGAACAAAUUUCUAUUCUGAAACUCCUUCUCUUGAUCCUGAAGUGGAAAUAUGAUAGUGGUAUGUUUUCUAUAGCUAUCCUGAUUUUGAGUUACCAUGCAGAUGCUGUUGUGAGCGGAACUAAAAUCUCUUUAUUUGAAGAGACUUUGUUUCUUCUUCCUAUUCUUAGUCUCAUGUCAUCACCUUCCAAAUCUGUAAAAGGAUUGGCAAGUGAUUUACUUCUUCUCUUGGAAAAGCUCCUUGUUAAGAUGUUUGUGGGUCCAAAAGAUAAAUCAAUCUUUGAGGAGAGAGUUAAUUAUCUUAGCACGCCAGGAAUUAUAGUUUUGAGACUUUUGCGACAUCUUUGGUUUCAGGAUGGGGAUUCUUCUUCCAGAACUUCCCUUCUGAAGUUGGCUUUAAAGGGAUUCAAUCAAAGCGAAAUAAUGCAUGAUACGCCAGCAUCUUGGGUUUCUCAUUUAAGAGGGUUCUGUUUGUCAAUUGUUGACCAGCGUAAAUCUUUGUUACCGCUCUCACAUUCUCAGGAAGUGUUUUUGAAUGAGAUGCCCUUGUUACUCAGUGCCGUUCUCAAUGUUUUAUUGAUACAUCCAUCAAUGGGGGCUGCUUCUGUCGAUUCUUUGUCUUCCAUUGCCAUCAUGGAUCCCAAACUGGGAGUUCCUUUGUUGCUAACAAUUAUGUUUUACAGUAAUAUAUUCAGGAGAAAUGAUAUCAAUUGUCAUGAUAUGUUGUUAAAAAUUUUUGAAAUGCUGCCAUCACUCGCUUCACACUCGGCAAUGACUCCACUUGUAGUUCAAACUAUCUUGCCAAUGCUCAACAAGGAUGCAAAAGUGUGGAUAUGGCUGUAUAGCCUGAUUGCUUUUCUUCCUCCUCUUCUUCAUGUCAUCAAGGAGGGGGAUGUUUGUUCAUUAUAUUCUACGGCAACUAGAUUGCUUUGUCGAACCUGGGAGACUAAUGAUCGAGCCUUUGGGAGUUUGCAAGGUGUUUUGCUCCCUAAAGGAUUCACCCAUUUCACUUCAGAGAGAGAUAUCUGCAUCAGCAUGGCUGCUUCCAUUCGAGAUGUUUGCCAUAAAAGUCCUGAUAGGGGUGUUGAUCUCAUCUUGUCUGUUUCGUCUUGCAUUGAGAGCCAAGAUUGUCUAAUUAAAGCUCUCGGCUUGCAAAGCCUUGCCUUCCUUUGUGAAGCAGAUGUGAUUGAUUUUUACACUGCAUGGGAUGUCAUUGCAAAGCAUGUGCAAGGUUACCAAGAUGAUCCUAUUCUUGCUAAUAGCCUUUGCCUUCUGCUAAGGUGGGGUGCUAUGGAUGCAGAAGCAUAUUCAGAAGCAUCCAAGAGUGUGCUGCCAAUUAUGUGGGAUGUAGUUACCUCUGGUCAAGAGAGACAGUGGGCAAAAGCAAGAAUUUCAGCCCUGGAGUCACUUUCCCAAUAUGAAGUGUCACAACUUGAAAGAAGUAUUCCAGAUUUGAAGAAAAUGAUUUUGGAGUUGUUUUUUUCUGAGACAAAUCCUAAUGUUCUCAAGGCUAUGGAGGAUUUUCAUGUCAAGAUAAUAACAUAUGAGCACAUAAACCGCCGAAGACUAGUCAAGGAAAAAAGAGUUAUAGGAAGCAAGAUUGAAAAAUUGAUGAAUGUAUUUCCACAGGUUAUAUUCUCUUCAGGAAAUAUAAAUGAAGCUAGAGAAUUACCUGGUGCCGCUUUAGUAUGUUUUUCUUUCACUCCUAAAGAUGUGAAUGAACAUCAAGCAUCCGAAAGGUUAAGAGAUGUACAUGCGGGGUAUGAAAAUGCUCUAGUGGAAGUAGCUGCUUCUCUUCAGCUCUCAAGAAAUAUCUUGCUUGCUCUGAUGGCACUGCAAUCAUGGAAAAGCUUUGUACGACGUUGGAUGAAGGCUUACACUCUUUCAUAUGAUGCUAAGACAAAAUUGACUGUCCUAGAUAAAACUUCUAAAGCUGCUAGUGACAUUUUAAAGAGUAUGAUGGCGAUAGCGAAUGAGGCUGUACCUAGAGCUGCUGAAAAUAUUGCACUGGCUAUUGGUGCACUUUGUGUGGUCUUGCCUCCAUCUGUUCACACAGUUAAAUCUGCUGCUUCAAAGUUCCUUUUGGAAUGGUUGCUCCAGCAUGAACAUGAACACCGCCAAUGGUCGGCUGCGAUUUCUCUUGGAUUAAUCUCUAGUUGCCUUCAUGUAACGGAUCAUAAGCAGAGAUACUAUAACAUCACGGGACUUCUUGAGGUUCUUUUUGAUGGCAGAAGUUCCCUUGUAAAAGGAGCAUGCGGUGUUGGAUUGGGUUUUUCAUGCCAAGAUCUUCUUACCAGGGUUGAAACUUCUGUUACCUCUACUGUGAUGAAAGAAACAGAGAAGGUUCCAGAAUUUGAAUUACUAGGAAGAGUUAUUACUGCCUUAGCUACAAUGAUACAACAGAGAACUCGAUGUUCUUCUGAAGUUUUAGACAGUCUAUGCUCAUGCUUUCCACUGGGUUCACAUGACAUAAGUGCUAAAUUAUAUGAACAGUUAUCUGAAAACAGUGAGGACUUGGAAGAAGAUAUCUGGGGUGUUGCUGGACUUGUUCUUGGUCUAGCUAAUUCCAUUAGUGCUAUAUACAGAGCUGGAGAGUUAGAUACUGUUAUCAAGAUAAAGAACUUGGUAAUAUCAUGGCUUCCAUAUGUGCAUUCACAAGUUGAAAAAAAAACUUUCCACGGGAAAGAAUCUGAAAAUGUUUUAGCACUAGGAUCCUGUAUUGCACUUCCCACAUUAGUGGCCUUUUGCCAGAGAAUGGAAUUGAUGGAUGAUGCUGAGUUGGACCUCAUUGUGAUUGGCUUUAAAGAGUUGAUUUCGGAGUUAAUUGCUGUGAAAAAUUGUGGCAUUAUGCACCAUAGUUUGCUGAUGGCAUCAUGUGUUGGAGCAGGGACAGUACUUUCUUGUAUACUGAAUGAAGGUGUUCACUCUAUUGAGGCUGAACGCGUUAAAUGUUUACUGGAACUGUUUAGGAAAUGUUACUCGAAUCCUUUCCCUUUUCUUGUUCAUCUUGGGGGCAUGCUAGGAGUUGUUAAUGUGAUUGGAGCAGGUGCAGGAAUUUUGGUCAACAUGAAUUUUCCAAAUUACACUAGGCAAUCUGGCUAUCAGAAGGAGUCUUCUUCUCUAAUGGGUCCUCUCCUGUCAAAUUCUGAUUUUGAACCAUACUUGACAUCAUUGGUGCAAGAGUUGUUUCUUGUGGCACAGAAUUCUGAUAAUCAGCAGCUACAACAGGUUGCUUCCUGGGUACUUGCCUUCCUUCGACAUCAUUUAUGGUCCAAGGAAUUUUUUAGCGUUGAUAGUGAUAGCAGUGUGUCUGAAACUAGUUCAAAAUCUGUUUCGCAUAGCUUUUCCGAGGACAAUGUUGUUAUGAAGCUUAGUUUGUGGCUUACGGAUUUCAAAUACACUGAGCCCGGAACUGUUGUACAUAAUAACCGAGUCAUAGCUGUAUUAAGGUGCCUUUCUAGAGCUCCCAGGUUGCCAAGCUUGGAUUGGGGGUCAAUUGUUCGGCGGUGUAUGAGAUAUGAAAUCAAAGUUGUUGAUUUGAUACCCAAAGAUUCUACUUGCAAGAAUGGAACUCUUAGGGAGGAAUCCACCAUGUUUUCAAUGGCCCAUGCAAAUCAAUUUGAUUCGCUACUAACUUUUCUUGAUGAGCUAACCGACUUUUCUAGAUUCAGGACACUUGAAAUGAACCUGCAGUCAUGUCUGCUAAACCAUCUGGCAGACCUUGUAAAAGUAUUUUCGAACUCCAGGCUUGAGAAACUAUUUGGUGAUGUGAGCGAUCACUUAUUUUCUUUUACUUCAUACAAAGAAUCUAGCACCUACCACAAAAGCUUGUUAUGUAUUUCAUGCUGGAAAGGUCUCUACGAAUGCCUAGAUGAAGUUUCUGCGGAUACAUCUGGUCACAUAUCUCAUAUUGAGAGGUGCAUGGAGGUUCUAUUUACUUUAUUACCACCGGUUCAAUCUUCUAUAAGUGUAGUCUCGGGGCAUGUUACUUCUGCAGAGGAAUGGUCUGAGGCUGUAAGAUGCUUGGGGAAGGCUCCGGAGAGUUGGCUAUUGGAUUUUCUGAAGGUUUCACACGAGGAGUUUGUUCAGAGUGCGGGAAAAUCUAUCGAAGUGCUGAAAAAAGUUUGUGCUAAGAUAAAGCUUGUGAAGGUUGGUUCUCUUUCAGUGACUGAACUUGGAAAAAUGAAAACCUACAUUUUGAACUCCAAAUCACAAGGACUCUGGGAUAUACUCUUUGAAGUUGUGGCAGCUUUGUACCAUGCGGAGGGAAGUAUAAAAAGACAGUGGCUUAUUGAUGCCGUUGAAAUUAGCUGCGUAUCCAGUUUUCCUUCCACGGCACUGCAGUUUUUUGGUCUGUUAUCUGCUGCAUGCUGCAAGUAUAUGCCCUUUAUGAUCGUGGACCAACAAAUGGUACUGAAUGAUCUACCAGUCACCCUUGUGUCUCUUCUAGCAGACCAGAACUGGAAUGUUAUUGGUGAAACUGUCGUCUCGCACCUCUUUUCAUCGACAGAACGUAUAUACAACUGGGCUACGCAAAUAGCAGAUGGUUCCUAUAUUCCUGGCUCGCAACCCAUCGAAGAAAGUGAGAAUCAUAUGGCUGUUUUUCUGCUACAAGUGAUGAAUCAUACAUGUGUAUUACUUAGAAGUUACUUGCCAUUGGAUAAGCAACUGAGGCUCUCCAGCAUGGUUAUUGCUCGAGAUGGAAACUAUAUUCCCGAAAAUACAAGAUUAUGA